CCCCGUGGUCCCAGCCCUACUUCCUCUGGAGCAGGAGCUACCAGGACAGGACGACGGCGAAGGCAGCGUCAGCAGCGGAGUGAUACACUCGAGUUAAUAAACGAUUUGCCAUGGUGUCCAGGUUUCCUGUGUGCCUCCUCAUUUCUCUGCCAGUCCUCCUGGUAGAGGGCAGUUUAUCCUCAGCCACUCCUCCUCCCAACCCUCCUCCUCCUCCUGUUGAUGACCCCACCUGGGCUCUGGGCCUGCGCCUGUACCAGGCCCUACGCUCUGACUCCAGCUCUGUAAACACCCUGUUUUCACCUCUGCUUGUUGCUUCCUCACUUGGAGCGCUGGGUGCAGGUGCUGCAGGCACCACGGGCAGCCAGUUCCAAGACCUCCUCAAAAAUCCUUCCUCGUCCAAGGCCAGCGCACAGACUGGGGAGCUUCUCUCCACUGCGUUGAAGAGCUUCAUCGAAGCCAAUGCGACCGCCUUUCACAUGCACACAUCCUCCGCUGUGUUCUCCAAGCAAGCCCCUCCGGUCAGCCAGGCAUUUGUGAAGGACAAUAAGGCCAAGUUCAGGCUGCAGCAUCAGCCACUGGGGAAAGGAGGCUCCAAGGCUGACCUGAAGCAGCUUCAUGACUGGGCCAAAGACUCGCUUGGUGGACUGGAGGCAGCUCCUUUGGAGGCAGAACUACAGGUCAACACUGGAGCCUUGAUACUGGCAAAUGCUCUAUGUUUUAAAGGCCUGUGGGAGAGAGAGUUCAGCGAUGACAGCGUAGACCGGCGAACCUUCCUGGGGAAGAAGUACACCAAAGUAUUGAUGAUGUACAGAGCAGGUUUGUACCGUCACUAUGAGGACAUAGAAAACAUGGUGCAGGUUCUGGAGGCGCCUCUGUGGGGAGGCAAGGCCAGCGUGGUGUUCCUGCUGCCCUUCCACGUGGAGAAUCUGGCUCGGCUGGACAAGCUGCUGACCCUGGAGCUGCUGUCCAAGUGGCUGGGGAAGACCAACACAACCAGUGUGGCCAUCUCGCUGCCCCGAGCUAACAUUAGCAGCAAGCUCAGUCUGCAGAAACAGUUGCUCGCUCUGGGCUUGACUGAUGCCUGGGACCAGAAGGUGGCCGACUUCUCUGGCGUGUCUGGCGGAAGCAAAGGUAAGCUUCACCUCAGUGGUGUCCUCCACUGGGCGUCCCUGGAGCUGGCUCCUCAAGCUGGGAAAGAAGAAGCAGAUCUAGAGGAGGAGAACAUAGAAAAGCCCAAGAUGUUCUAUGCAGAUCACCCGUUCAUCAUCUUUGUUCGAGACAACACCACCGGUGCCUUGUUGCUGAUGGGAGCCCUGGACCACGCAGAGGGAGAAGCUCUACAUGAUGAACUGUAGUGCCCUCCAGCCUCUGUCCCUUCACUUUCUGCUCUGUUUCAUAGUCUGCAUAUAAAAAUGGACGUAGUGUUGUGGUUGAAAAGUGAAGCCUGGGAAGUAAGAUGGAAGUAACAGUUAGCCAAUGGAGGGAAUAUGCUGUUUGCAAAAGGAACUGUGUUUGAACAGAAGUCUAUGGAAAAAUUGUCUUGAAGAAGUAAUGGUCUCAAUUGUUAGUUCCAUGUGACAUCUGUGAAUGUACUCUUUUGACACUGCUGUGAUGAAUUUUGAGGCUACAUUUUACAACCACAAGAUUACUUCAAUUUUUAUACACAUUCUAUGUUGUGUCUCUUCAUCUCUUGCACUCGCACGCUGGUUUCAUAGUCAAGACGUUGCCAUUCCCUCUGGUACAGUUUCACAUCAGACUAUGUCUUGCUGUCAUACAUUGACACUGCAUAGUCUCGCACUGACUGAUGCUGCCACUGCCAUACUCCCAACUCUGACAUAAACAAUGACACCUACUUAAAUGGAAAUAUUGGGUAAGACGAUGACUGUUACAUGGAAAACAACAGAUUUGAUUGACUUGAUUCCUUGACCACACUCCCUCUCAUUCAAUGGCUUAGUGUACAAGUCAACACAAAACAAAAUGACAAACUAACAUGCUGACAAGCAAAAGUGACAUGACACAGCAGUGUCAACGAAGAACUUUAACAAAAACAGCCUUACAGUGACACUUGAAUCUUCACAGUCAGACAAACACCCGGGCAAUUUGUGUGUGUGUUGACACAUUAGGGAUGCCCAUGUGGUCGCUGCCAGCUAAGGCGGGGUCUCCUGGGCUGGAUCUGAGGAAGACUGAUGGGUCAGCCAAGUGCUUAUUGAUGAGCCAGCUUGAUGCUAAUAGCCAUAAUGAGUCACAAUGUGUGUCAACAACACAGAGAGGACAGAGAACCUUUGAAUCUCUUGAAACGAUUUGAGGGAUCAAUGAUCCUGCCGUGUCGUUGUAAAUAAACAUGAAGUGUAACAACUUGAUUUUUAGGAUGCGUUCAAAGAGGUACUAAUUGUAACUUGUGUACUUGGUUUGUUUUAUUUAGCACCAUGAUGGAUGAAUAUGUUGUGGAAUGAAUGGCAGUUGUUACUUUUGGAAUUAUUAUUAUGUAUAAAGAUGCAUCUUUUUGAGUUUUUUUUGUUACCCUUUUUCCGCUUUGGCUACACUAUAUUUCAGCUGACAUAGGGCGAUAGGCGAGGUACACCCUGGACAGUUCGCCAGUCCAUCACAAGGCCACAUAUAGAGACAAACAACCAUCCACUCACGAACACGGUAAAUAUGGAGUGCCCAAUUUAUCUAAUCCCCAUAUUGCAUGUUAAUAUCUAACUACAUCUUUCUUGACCACAUUUUUUUUUCUUAACCCUGUACUAAGUUCGUUGACAUUGAGCCUCAAGUGUGCAUGCAUCAGUUAUUUCAUUUUGGAAGUGACACACUCACAGAGUGCCUCGGACGUACGUCACCAACUUUUUCAAGAUCCACCCAAGGUAUACAUGAAGAGAAAGGUAAAAUUUGUUCCUUCAAUUUCUGCCAAUGAAUAGAAUGAGAAAUGAGAAAUGAAAUACUGUAUCUGAAUGAGUUCAUUUAAAAAAAAGAAAAUCUGCACUGUACCUAUUGAACCCAUGUUAGUGGUUUGGUAGCUUCCGUGUUUUAUACUGGGAUAGUUUUCAAUUGUUGCUGGUUUUCCAUGAGUCUACACACCUAAUGGAUUUUGUCCUAGAUGUGGAACAAACUACAAAAAGAAGUGGUGCAGUGAAGGUGAAAUUCAAAUGUGUGCCACACCCGCCCCGUUACAGUGCAGAGCGUCUAGACACACAGCUGUGUGUUACACUGUAGCUUUGUUCCUAAUUUAGCCCUCUGCACAGGUCUGCUCGGCAACAGUGUGCAUGUGUUCAUGGGCUGCUUGUGUGUGACUUAAGCUACCACAGUGACCUCUCUGGUGUGGCCUCUUGUGCGGCAGAGACAUGUAAGCGGCAUUAUACUUCUGGUCUACCCUACACUGUAUAAGCCCGGGAUAUCAAUUCAGACAGGCUGAUGAUGGAUCCAAGGCUGUCUGCUGUAAGUGCAUCACUCCUGCUCAUUCCAACACCAGCUUCCCACUGACUCACCUUCACACCACAUUUGGUGCAGAGCCCCGACAAACAAAUGCAUGUUCACAUCCGCUCACAGGAAGCCAGACACGAUCUGACAAGGAAAAUAUAAUGAAGCUACUGUACUUCUCAGUAAUGUGGAGCAGCUGUAUAGUGUAUUCAACUAUGUACCAAUGUGUUUGUUUUUUUUAAAAAGAAGCCUUUCACCAAUAAAAUAUCCUUUGUUGUCUGUA